CUGUAAGUGAAACUAUGUGGCAGCAUCCUGAGACAAAGGGACGUCCUCCGUCUGCCCUGCAGGGAGGAGCACGAUGUGGGAGGGGCCGUGUGACCUGAUAAACUGGUAACUUGUGACAUCAUUAUUCAGUUGAAAGCAGCAGGCAUGUGUUUGCCACUGGAUCUGUGGAGUUCCUUUGGAGAGCCCAGGAGGAUGGAGCGGCUGCUGGUAGAGAUCCUGCUUGUAUCUCUUGUCACGGUGUCCUUCGGCACAGGAGACUUCUGCUAUCAGAAACAAUGUCCUCAAUAUGAACUGAUUGAGAAAAACCAGGAUUUUGAGAAGCGUUUGUAUGUUGCUACCAGAUGGCUCACCACCAAGAUAGAAAGCACUGCGAGCUCUGAUUUAAUAGCUGCAAGUUCGAGGCUGAAGGAUUACUGCAACAGAUGCAAUGGCGCAGGUUAUGAGAUCCCUACAGACACCUGGCCGGUUUUGAUCACCGUCACACACGAUCUCAGUUGGUUGUUGUCCUGGUUUGUUCCACCUGGCACCAGAUUACCCGAAAACCCUGUUCCAUCAGUCACAGUGGAAAGCAAACCUGAAUCCAUGGUCUAUGUCAGGGUCUUCGGCGGGACUCCAAGCAUCGAGUCCGGUCAAGAAAAUGCAAACGCACUUUGGGCGGCCUUGGAUAAAAACUGUACUGAUCUCCCCAUACACAGUGGGGCAUGCUACGAGUCCUAUUUCGCUCUUCAACACCACAAUGAGAUCUGGAUCUAUGCUCAUGACAUUUGUAAUAAUAACAAGUAAAUGUAGCAGAAUCCCAGGCACUUUUAACAAUAUCUGUUAAGUAUGAACAGUAUGAAUAUAAUCAAUGUAAAUUCUGUGUGCUUUAAGGAGCAGACUCACUGCAGGUAAGCAGCAGACAGACAAGCUCGCAUGCUUUACAUCAUGCUUCUGUUGUGUGCUGAAAACCAGUUUCAAGAAGGUUGUGGUAUUUACAAGCCCUUAUCAGAAUGAUGGUGGUAAACACGUCUUGCUUCAAACAUAUGCGAUGUAACUUAUGGAACCAAUAAUACACAUCUGUCUUUGGGUAAAACAGUAAACUUUUCUCACAGUUUUA